AUGGCUAGCAAGCUUCCGAAUAUGAUGGAGGCCCUGGUAGGGGAUCGUUCAACUUUGGCUCGACUUGCAAACUAUGGCCUUGGCAAAUCAUCUGGCAAUGGAGUGAAGGUCAAAUCGAUUCCCAUUCCACUUAUAUCAGAGAACGAAGUCCUGGUCCGGGUAGCCUGCGUCGCACUCAACCCUACGGAUUUUAAACAUGUCGAUAUUCUUGCCCGCGAGGAGCUAUCAUCGGCUGCGAUUUUUCGGGGACUGUUGCGAAAGUUGGGUCUCAAGCAGCCAAAAAAUGGGCCGAUAGCUGGCAUGGUUCAUGGUGGAUUAUAUCCCGAUCGGGGAUCAUUUGCCCAAUUCCUCAAAACAAAUGGUGAUUUGGCUUGGAAAAUUCCGCCUGGGGUUAGCGAUGAAGAUGCGACUACAUUCGGUGUUUCGGCCAUUACCGCCAUGCUAGCCCUGAACACGCGAUUGGAUGUCCCUUGGCUCGCUGAGAAUGCAAAUCAAGGUCAAGGUCGGAAAGACACACCAAUCCUGAUAUAUUCAGGCGCAACUGCAGCCGGAAUUUAUUCCAUUCAGCUUGCUAAGCUAGCGGGCUUGAACGUUGUGGCAACUGCAUCGCCACGUUCCUUUGACCUGGUGAAAAGUUAUGGCGCAGAUGAGGUCUUCGAUUAUAGAGACCAGGCGGCUGUUGACCAGAUCAUUCGAGCAUAUCCCAGCCUCGAUCGGGCAAUGGACUGCUUCUCUGAAGGUAGUUCGACUGAGUUUUGCGCCAAAUGUGUUCGCAAAAACCAAGGAAAGGUGGUGACAUUACUUGACAGUGGAAAAACCACCAUGGACGGAGCGCAAAUCGAAUUCAUACUUGGAUACACUGUGUUUGGGUCAGAAUUUCAAUGGCUUCCCCCCUUCGGACCAAAAUUCCAGAAGAUACCCUCUGAUAAUGAAGCGCUACGUCGCUUCUACUCAACGUUGCCCGAUAUUGUUACGCAGCUAAGACCGCCGCCUUUGAAAAUCAUUGACCCAGGGCUAAAAAACUUGGCCACGGGACUAGAAAUGCUUCGCCAGGGGCAGGUAUCAGGAACCAAGUUAGUGGCGCGUCUGGAAUGA